UACCAUGUAAAAAGACUAAUGGGUAGAAAAUAAAAUAUUUAUUAAAAGUAUGUGAACAAAAAUCGAAAAUCUAUGAACAGAAGUCACAAAUAAAAACUUCAUCUAAGUACAUCAUCAUAUGCACUACAGGCGUCAUAAGCCCAUUUGGUGCAAGACACACAUUUUAUCCAGCCUUCCUUCGCAUUUUAAUUUGAAAAUAGUUAAUUGUAAUAUAGACACGCAUCGUCAUUAUCAUCUUCUUCCUCCAAACUCUCCAAAAUUUUGUUUUUGGUGCAGCCCUUCUUACCACGUUUUUUCUUUUUUUUUUCCAGUUCAUUUAGUUUUAAUUUUUUUACGACUGGAGAUUUUUUUAAUGUUUCCUACUAGCUUUCUAACUAGCUUCUUCAAUAGAAGAAGCCACAUGUUGUAGUUAACUAAAAGCAAAAUAACCACUGCAGAAACUGGAGGUAACAAUAGUGUAGACAGUUGUGUCUCAGAUUAGCGAAUCAGCUAUAUCAAAAAAAGCAAUGAACGCUAGGAUGCAGAUGCAGGGAAAGAGACCGGUUGGAAAGCCUAGAAAGUGCUGGGAAGACACAGUAACCAGCGAUGCACAAGUAUUUUUAGAAGUCCGUGUAUGGAUAAGAGCAGUCAUAGAUAAAAAAGUGUGGAGGCAAAAAAUAAAGAAGGCCAAGGCUCAAUUUGGGUUGUAGUGCCAUAGAACAAGAAGAAGAAGUUCAUAAUGGAGGACGAACUUCCUUUUUGCGCACUGUUUUGAGGUGUAAAAUAAGAUAAUAUUUCAUCUUUUUGUGCCUGCCGUUUCUGUUCUCUUAAUUUUUUGCUUUUUUCGUUUUUACUGACAUUUAAAUGAUUGUAACUCAUGAUAACGAAACGAUUACUUAGAUAAGAAAAAUAAGUGUUUACAGAAAUUUAAUAAACGACUGAUGAUUAAUGAAUAGAUUAGUUGAACUUAAAAUGCACAGGACUGAAAACUAAUGUUACAUACAAUCAAGCAAUACCUUAUCUUUGCAUAAAACGGCAUUAAACAUCAAACUAAAUAUUAAAUUUAAAAGUGCAUUUUAAAUAAAUACGUCAAAACGUGACGAUGACUCUUUUUAAUUCUACCUCUUGGCUCUUGUAUCUGUAAUUCUUCGUAGUGGUGUAUAAAUUUUGCUUAUUGUUAUUGGUACCGACAAGGCAAUCUAUUAUACCUACUCUUAUUGCAUUUUUAUGAUGGUUUAUGGUUUAAGAAUGGUUUAUGGACUUAUGGUUCAUGAAUAUCACUCUAACCUAAUUUGUUAUCAUUUAUCAUUUCCUGUUCGUAAAAUGAAAUCAUUUUGAAAAUUUAUUUUGUUUUUUCAAUAAAAAUUUUCUUUUAGUGAUGUUUUCGGGCCCCAAUAAAAUGCGGGUCCGAGGCAGGGGCCUCAUGGGCCUAGUGGUAAAAUAGGCCCGCCUGAUCUAUACCGAUUUUUAAUAAAGUUCAUUUGAGCCAAACAUAGUCAAAUUGCCAAACACUAGGUAUAUUCUGAAUUUAUUGACGGUCCGCACAAAACUAGCUCACGGUCCGGAUGAGGACCGCGAUCCGCUAAUUGGUGACCCCUGCUCUAAAGUUCACUAUCCAUUCUAUCCGUUCACAAUGAGUAUAAAAUUAUACAAAUGAGUACUUUCAGAGUACAGGAUUUGCAAAGAGUACGGUUUGCGAAAAAAGAGUACAAAACUCAGUAAAUGAGUACAGUUGGUCACCUUAAUAAAUUCUAAGAAAUUUUCGUUGAUCUUCGCAAUGUCCUAUCGGUGUAAGAAACAAAACUUAGAUAUUAUAUCAUUAUUGUUAUUAUUGUUCUGUUUUACUGGCAUAUCUCUUGCACAGUCUAAUAUGAUUAAUUUAAGUAUUAUAAUAUGACCAUUAAUAAUUUUGUGUAGGUAUCUUUAAAAAAUUAAUUUUUCUAUGGUUUUGUGUAAUAGGUACCAGCAGGAAAAAACGCUCAUUUUGCCCCCGCCUAUAUAAGUGCAGUCUGCUUUCAUAAGAUAAAUCACGUGAUUCUUCUUAUGGCAGGUCAUUUGCUGUUAAUUAAGUAGUCUUUAGAGUAAAGUCAGUGCGUUCAGUUCUUAGUGUCUUAGUUGUAUCCCUGUAUCGUGGCAAUGGCAACGUACAUAUCGACAAAGAGAGGCCAAAAAAAAUUAAUAUUCCAAGAGUACUUCUACCAUAGAGUUAGGAGUACUCCUAAUGGCAGAACUUAUUGGACCUGCGGCGAAUCAUGUGGCGGUUCUGCAAUAACUAUCGGUGAUGGCAACGAUGGCGAAAACGUUAUUAUCAGAAGAGUGCACAAUCACGGGCCUUCUCAUAAAAUAGGACCCAUGACUGUGCAACACAAGAUAAGAGAGGCAGCUAGUUCCAGUCAUUAUACACCUAGGGAUGUUGUGAACACUGCCCUAGAAGGGAUAUCGGAUGACACGAAGGUUCAUUUGCCACAACUGACAUCUAUGCAAAAGAUGGUGAGAAAAGUACGCCGAAGAAAUCAGGUAAUUCCACGAGUGCCUCACUCAUUUAGGGAAUUAAUUAUCCCUAAUGAGUUGAGAAGAACCAAAACAUCCAUACCUCAGGAUUUCAUUUUGAGCGAUACUGGAAUAGAUGAUCAAAAUCGUAUAAUUAUAUUUGGUUGUACUUUAGACCUUACUCGUUUAAUCCAAUGUGAUACAUGGGUUGUCGAUGGCACUUUUAAAAGUGCUCCGAAUCUGUGGUACCAACUAUGGAUUAUACAUGGGGUCUUUCACAACAAAACAUUACCAUUCAUCUACGCAUUUUUGCCAAACAAAAAUGAGCGGAGUUACGAGAGAAGUUUGAUUAAAAUUUUCGAAAAAAUCGAUAUCAUUCGACCUGGAGCAAGACCUAAUACAAUCGUAAUUGAUUUUGAGAUGGCAGUUGUUAACACUUUUAGACGAUUAGUACCCAAUAUUAGAGUUCACGGUUGCUUCUUUCAUUUUUGUCAAGCAAUAUGGCGUAAAGUGCAGCAGUUAGGUUUAGCACAACUUUACAGAGAUGAACAAUUCUUUAAAACCUUAAUAAAAUCAUUUUGUGCUCUUUCGUUCGUGCCACCAGCAGAGGUUUCUCAAGUAUUCGAACUAUUGGAGACCGAGUUAAUUGAUAGCUUUGGAGAAGACGAAAGAUGCCACAGUUUUAUCGACUACUUUAUUACAACCUGGGUUGGACGUACACUUCCGCCAAGAAAUCCAUAUUAUGCAAUUGGCAUGUGGAAUUGCAAUAAUAUUACUCUGGAAGGGUUACCAAGAACAACAAAUUCAGCGGAAUCCUUUCACCAUGCAUUUAAUAGCAUGUUCAGUUGCCGCCAUCCUAAUCCAUACAUAUUGAUAGAAAAGCUAAUCAAAGAGCAGCUGAGGCAAGAUUUGAUUAGUAGCCGUCUCGAGGCAGGACUAGAGGAGGUACAAGAUAAUAGGUACCAGAGGGCAAAUGGAAGAUUAGCAAACUUACUAAGAAAUUAUAAUAAUAUGAAUGUUGGCCAAUUCUUAGAAGAAUGUGGCCAACAUAUUACUUAUAAUGUGUAAGUCCCUAAUCUUCUUUAGCCCUUUUCUAUUAUUGAACUUUAAGCCGGGUUGACAUUACUAGUGAAUAACGAACGUGGCUUACGCUUACGUAUUUUGCCCGUGCUAUUGUUAGAUAUUUUAUUAUCUAUUUUCAAACUCGAGCAGUACAUUUGUAUUAUUUAUGCAUUGCAUAGCAAUACAAAUGUACUGCUCGAGUUUGAAAAUAGAUAAUAAAAUAUCUAACAAUAGCACGGGCAAAUUACGUAAGCGUGAGCCACGUUCGUUAUUCACUAGUAAUGUCAACCCGGAUUUAAACAUAGGCCUUCCCCAAAUCUUUCCAUAAUCUGUCUGUCCUCGGCUGUGCUUUUCCAGUGAGUUCCUGCAGCUUUUACAAUAUCGCCCCUCUAUUGCAUCUGAGGUCUUUAUCUUCUUCCUGUCCACGGUCUCCAGUUUUGUAUUUCAGCAUUUCAUCUUUUUAUCUUCCUGUCUCGCAUUGUGGCCAGCAAAUCUCCAUUUUAACUCUGUUUUAUGUUCAGUUUCAUUUUUUACUUUUGUUUUCUCUCUUAUCCAUUUGUUUGAUUUUCUGCCUUUCAGUUUUAUUCACAACAUGGAUCUUUGCAUUUUUCUCCGGGUUAUUUCUAUUUUGUUUAUGUUGACCUUUGUUAAUGUCCAUGUUUCUGAGCCAUACGUCAGAACACUGAUCAACUACAUGGGUUUGUGUAUUUGUGCUUUUUAGUAUCCAUCGUAACUUUCCAAACGCUGCCCACGCCAAUCUGAUUUUUCUUUGUACUUCAAUUGUUAUUGUUUAUAAUUGGAUCUCUUUAUUAGCUUUGAUUAUUUGACACAGGUAGAUAUAUAUUCUUCAACAACCUCAAUAUUUACGUUAUUUAUAUUCAUAUUUAUUCUAUCAUGAUAUUUGUUUUACUCAUGUUCAUUUUUUUAAAUAAAUACAUUUUGUACCUACACUUUUAUUAAAUACAUAUUUGUAUUUUUUUAGGGAAUUUUCCAAGAUAUAUAUACAAUAUAUACAUAUAUGUAUAAUAUCAAUUUACAAAUUAUUGGGGUAACAGCUUAAAUGGAAGACUCAGUGUACUCUUUUCUACGAUUCCAAUAUGUUGUUAAGAGUCGUUAACAUCAUUAGGGAUGCAGUUUAAGAUUUUAGUCAACGAUGUUAUAGGUAUAUGUGCAAAAAAGCGGCAUUAACAAAACGAAUUGCAGUGAAUGUUAUUAAAAAUGAAAAAUAUAACUACCUAUAAUACAUAUAACGAUGCAAAAAACCACUAAUUAUUAAAAUCUUUUAAAAUUUGUUGCACAGAAACGUUUUAGAGA